AAACGUCGGAGCUGGUCCUCCGGACCUGCAGGGGGCAGGAGCGACUCAGUUACUCCAUCUGCCGAUCAACAAAUUGAGAAAACGUCGGAGGACGUGUAGGUUUUCCGGGCUCGGUGCUCUCUGCACUACUUCCCAGACCGUCCCGGUACCGAGUCCUGGCUCCAUUCUAGUUACGUACAUCCUCGAGUGUUUGGUUCCGAUUCCCCUCGGACGGAGAUGCAGGUCUGUGCGGGUCUGAGCGGGUCUCUGGUCCUUAGCCUGACCCUGGCACUGGUCUUUGAGGUUCCCAGUCUGUGGGCCUGGGAGACAGACCUGGAGCUGCUGGACCUGGUGGAGGAGAUCCCGCAGACCUUCUACCAGUUCCUGAACUUGGAGCAGGAUGCGGCAGCAGCAGAGAUAAAGAAAGCAUACCGUCGGCUGUCUCUCUCUCUACAUCCUGACAAGAACAAAGAUGAAAAUGCUGAGACUCAGUUCAGACAGCUAGUGGCCAUUUAUGAAGUUCUCAAGGACGAGGAGAGGCGGCGCAGGUACGACGACAUCUUGGUGAACGGACUUCCUGACUGGCGGCAGCCCGUCUUCUACUACAGACGCGUGAGGAAGAUGAGCAACGCUGAGCUAGGCUUCCUGCUCUUCCUCAUCCUCACCGUGGGACACUAUGCUGUCAUCUGGUCUAUCUACCUGGAAAAGCAGCUGGAUGAGCUGCUGAGUCGGAAGAAGAAGGAUAAAAAGAAAAAGCUAAGUUCCAGACCUACUGAGGAAAUCCGGUGUAACGGUCAGGACCGCGCUGACAGGGACCUGGAGCGACCUCACUGGCAGGAUAUCCUUCCUCUCAAACUAACCAUCUGGCUUUAUCUGUCCGUCAAAAACCUGCCUCAGACCGUCCAGGAGGUGAAGCAGUACUAUGAGGACUAUCAGCAAAUGAAGCAGAAACAGGAAGCUGAAGCUGAACAAGAAACUGCUCCAAGAGAAAAACGACCAAAAGUCAAGAAGCCCAAAGUGGAGUUUCCAGUUUAUGUACCUUCAGAGAACCAGAGACAUCAGAGCUACGACCAGACCACAUCCAUUGAGGACAUCGAGGACCAGAUGGAUGACUGGCUGCAAGAUUUCAAAGCUGCCAAGAAGAAGGUAUCAGAAUGGACAGAGGACGAGCUGAGCCUCCUCAGCAGGUUGAUGGUCAAAUUCCCUGGAGGAACUCCGGGCCGAUGGGAGAAGAUUGCUCAGGAACUUGGAAGAUCUGUAUCUGCUGUGACAACGAAAGUCAAGCAGGUGAAAGACAAUGUGAACCACACCUCAGGUCUGGUCAAACUCUCAGAUUUAAAGGCUCCUCCUCUUCCUGCGAGGUCAGUUCCUGUGGACGACAGUGUGAUGACUCAGAGAGUGGGCGGGCCCAGCGAGGAGGAGCAGCAGCCGGAGGAGGAGGAAGUGGUUCCGGCCGUCCAAAGGAGGAACAGGAAGAGUUCUUCGGCAGACAGUGGGGAAGGGAAGGCCCGAGGUCGGCGACAGAAAGAUUUUGAUCCAACAGCGGUGGGCGAAGAGGAGGAGGCGGAGAUUCAGGAGAACAAGGAGAAGGUGAACCCUGCAACAUGGACUCAGAACCAACAGAAGUUGCUGGAACUGGCUUUGCAACAGUUUCCCAGAGGAACCACAGAACGUUGGGACCGGAUCGCCAAGGUGGUCCCAGGAAAGUCCAAGGAGGACUGUAUGAUCCGUUAUAAGAUGCUGGCUGAACUGGUUAAGAAGAGGAAACAGGUGAAGAGUUGAUGAACGCUGACUCCGCCUCCUCCUGCUGCUGCCAGCUGAUUGGUCUGAAGGUACAGACACACCCACCCAGGUGUGUCUGUACCUUCAGGUCACCUGACCUCAUGUGCCUUACCUCCAUUCAGCAUGUUGCCAAUCAAUAAUCAUUAUUUAUUGUUUCCUUCAGUUGUUUACAAACAGAAUAUCCUGUAAACAGUUUUUAUUAGCUUGUUUGUUUCCAAAUAAACAUCCAAUCAUCAGCGA